AUGGCGACGGCGCGGCUGAGCAGGGCGAAGGCGGAGACGACGGCCCUGGCAUCGCGCGUGUCGCCAGCGCGACGUCGUCGGCCCCGUCGUCCGCGUAGUCCGCCACGUGCGUCGGCCGCGUUGAGCGACGUCGCGGGACCUGCACGCUGGCAGUCGUCGUCAGCAAAAGUGUUAGCGGCAGCGUCAGCGUCAGCGGUAGUGAGAGCGUCAGUGGUGGCGUUGGCGGCAUCGGUGGCAGCGUUGGUGGCAGUAUCCUUAGCAUCAGCAGUAGCAGCGUCGCCGGCUGUGGCGGAAGCAGCGGCGGUGGCAGUGGCGGCGUCAGCAGCAGCGGCAGCAUCAACGACAGGGGCGUUGACAUCAACAGUGGCAGCGGCCGUGGCGAUAACAGCGUCUUUGAUAGCGGGAGCGGGGGCGGCAGCGUCUUUGAUAGCGGGAGCGGGGGCGGCAGCGUCGCCGGUAGUAGCAGAAGCAGUGGCGGUGUCACCAUCAGCGUCAGCAUCAACUGCAUCGGCGAUGAUAGCAGCGGCAGUGGCUGUAACAGUGGCAGUGGCGGUAGCAGCAUUAGCGACAGCGGCAGUGGCAGCGACCGCGGUGGUGACAAUAUCAGCGGCAGCAGCAGCAGGAGUGGCGUCAGCGAUAGCGUCGGUGUCAGUGGCGGUAGCAGCAUCAGCCGCAGGGACGGUCGCAGUGCCGGUGACAUCAACAACGGCAGUGGCGGUAACAUUGUCGUUGGCAGAAUCAGCGGCAUCAGCGGCAGCAGCGGCAACAUCAGCCGCAGCAGCGUCAACAUCAGCUGCAGCAACGGCAACAUCAGCCGCAGCAGCCGGCAGCAGCAGCAGGAGUGGCGUCAGCGAUAGCGGCGGUGUCAGUGGCGGUAGCAGCAUUAGCGACAGCGGCAGUGGCAGCGACAGCGGGGGUGACAAUAUCAGCGGCAGCAGCAGCAGGAGUGGCGUCAGCGAUAGCGUCGGUGUCAGUGGCGGUAGCAGCAUCAGCCGCAGCAACGGUCGCAGUGCCGAAUCAGCGGCAUCAGCGGCAGCAGCAGCAGGAGUGGCGUCAGCGAUAGCGUCGGUGUCAGUGGCGGUAGCAGCAUCAGCCGCAGGGACGGUCGCAGUGCCGGUGACAUCAACAACGGCAGUGGCGAUAACAUCGUUGUUGGCAGAAUCAGCGGCAUCAGCCGCAGCAGCGGCAACAUCAGCCGCAGCAGCGUCAGCAUCAGCGGCAGCAGCGGCAACAUCAGCCGCAGCAGCGACAGCAUCAGCGACAGCGUCAGCAGCGGCGGCAGCGGCAACGGCGGCAGCAGCAGCGACGACCUCUGCCCGCCUCUGCACAGCUUCUCGGCGUCUGCUCUCUAGCAGCUGAUAGCGGGCGCGGCGCUCGCCUGCGAUGACGCGACGCCUCUCCUCGGCCGCCUCGACUCUGCAGGAAGAAGACUGCCAUCAGCUGCGCCGUCUGCUACACUCUCACCGCUAUCGCCGUCGUGCAAUAGAACGAUACAGCGGCGGGUCGAACUUUAUUUUAUAGGGAAAUUUAAGUUUGUCAUCUCAUCACAAAUUCCAUUCAAAUAUUCGUUAUCGACUUUUCAACGAGAAUUAUAAUCUGGAACAAAGAGGAGCAUAUAACCGCAAGGCAAGGAUUCAUGGAAGGAUUGGGAGGCAAACUUGUGGCGGCGUCAUUGCGGUUUAACAACGCGUAUGUAAUUUUAUGCGGAAACGCGGCAAGUAGAUCAGGCACCUGACGCCUCGUUAACGAGAUGAAACGCGGAUCACGUCAUUCCUAGUCUGCCGCCACUCACCGAUCGCGCGCCGCUCUCUGUAUCUCCACCACGGCUGCGACGACGGCAAUCUUCCUCACCGCCUGUGCUGCCCUCUGGGAAGCUCUGGCGACCG